UAGGGUAGAUGACGUGCUGUCCAGUCCAGCAAUAGUGAGAAUGUCCAUAUGCUUUGCUUUCGCGUCUCAAAGGCAGGGAGCUGGGAGACCGAUUCCGCUACUGUUGCCAACGGCAUCAGAAACGACAGACUCGUGCGCUACACAAACGUUUGUCCACAAGAGCUGCAGAACACAGGGAAAACUUCACUAGACUCUGCUUGGACCAUUGGACACAAGGGAGCGAAGUCGGGAUUCCUGGAUAUCUCUCUCUCUCUCUCUCUCUCUCUCUCUCUCUCUGUCUGUCUCUCUCUAUCCCGCUCUCUCUCUCGCUCUCUCUCUUUUCCGGGUUACAAAUAAUAUCACUAACAAUAAGUCUAACUGUAGGAAAGCGACAAUGGAAGCACUUCAUAAGCCUCUAACUUCCCAAGGAUGUACCGAUCCGUGCAGAAAACCGAUACCCGACAAGGAUACUUGCAACUCCGGGACACAAGACGAAUCUAACUAUGUGGAUAUGAAUAAUUCACUCGACCAGAAAGCGGAGGGCACAAAAACUGUAAAAGUUACAUUCACCGGCGAAGGGAGCCAACUGGCAAUAUUUAAAUGCAAUAGUGACACCACUUCAGAUUCGGGAGACGGAAACCCAGGCGACCGUGAACGGGAUAGUAAUUUCGGUAAUCUCCCUAUCAUGGACUGCAAAUCCAUUAAUAAAAAGUGCUCAGGUAAUGCCAGAGUACAGAAGUGUUCCGCGGGCGAUCUCUCUGGCUCUUCUGAAAUCGCUUCUUCGUCCGAGUUCCCUAAAAACAAUGAUGAUUCCAGAGACCGUACCAAAUCCCAAAUGCACAAGCGGGAUAUCGACACAGGACCCCAAACAGGAAUUGCGCCCAGCAACUUCAUAUCAAACAAUACUUCAUCUGACAGCGAAGAAUUGGAAUAUUCUGAUAUGUACCUGAGUAGGAAAGAAACAGAGGCCGACGCAAGCGUGAAAUUAUCAAAUCAUUGCAUGCCCAGUACCAUGGAGGACGAGUCCCAUUAUAUUACAACCCACGAAAUUCAGCUGUCAGAACAGGAUCACGAUGCCGAUUAUGACAUUGGGUUGGGAUCCUGCUGGGACUUGGAAGACGAUAACCUGGUCUACUCUUUUGCCGAUUAUCCUUCUUUUGACAGCGAUGAAGCGAUAGAAGGAAGACAGGUACCAGAAGACAGACAUUUAGCGAGAGUGAAAAGCAAUCAGGUUAAAUCUAAUAAUACAAACCGGCGCGCUACUACCAGAGUAGCAGUCAGCAAUAAGCAUGAAAACGAUCUCUGUGACUCGGACAAAUGCGCCAGCUCAGAUGAAGGUCUGUCAAAGAACCAGAAAGGCAGAGGGAAUUCAGCAGGACAGAUUCACCUGUCAAUCAAAACUACUUCCAGAGCUAUAAAUGAGCCUAGCAACAUACAAGAAAAGGAAAACAUUCGUUAUCAUGCCAAGCACGAGGGAGACAUGAGUCGCUAUGUUUUUAGAGACGCAAAAGCAGAGAAAAUCUGUGAUAGUGCGAAAUGUUUUAUCGCAGCCCCCUGCCGCCUGCACUUUGGCAGUAAGUUAAAGGGGAAAGAUGUUAACGAGUAUUCCAGCGGUGCGUCCAGCGCUGUAAGUGAAUUGGACGAUGCUGAUAAGGAAGUUCGUAAUUUAACUGCCAGAGCGUUCAGAAGUUUAGCCUACCCGUACUUUGACGCCAUCAAUUUCAGUACAUCCAGCGAGUCUUCUGCAUCAGAGCACGGGCUGGGGAUCAACAGGUGGUCCACGUUUGUUGACCUUAAAUAUGGAAACAUGACACAGGGAAGAGAUAAAAAUCUAGUCUCCCAUAAAAGUGCAACAUCAACUUUUGAAAUCGCCAAGAAUGCAGAGGGCAAAGGGAUUAAGGGGUUGACUUUAGCCAAUAUAAAAGCGCCCCAGACUCAGAUCUUUGCACUGAAUGGCAACUUGUCAGAUGCCAAAAACGCAUCAUCUUCAACUAAGAAGAUAGAACUCAUGGGGAAAUUUGGGCAAGGGCAGAGUGGGGUUAUAACUCUAACGGAAACGUUAAAUUUUCGCUGCAAUGUUAAAACUGGGGGCCCUGGAAGCGAUAGACAUGCAAAAUUUGCACAAAAUGCUGCAGGAUCACGUUCCACAGAUGAAGUUACCAACAUCUUGCCAAGCGAGUCGGGGAAUGAGGCCAGCAAGCAACCCUGUAAUCCAGGGGAAACCAUGGAAGACACACACAAGAAAGCAAUAUUCGCCUCGAGCCUUCUUAAAAAUGUUAUUUCCAAGAAAAUGCAGUUUGAACAAGAGCGGAAAAUGGAGCGAGGGGAAAUCAGUGAAUCCUACUCCGUGCUGUCUCCAUGUCUUUCAUACAAAGAGCAGGACACGCAAAAGGAGAGAGUUACAAUGGGCGAGUCAAAGGGGUUACAAAGGCAAAACUCUAAAUACUCAGAGGCGGGUUCUGACCUAACUAUUGUUUGCCUGGAUGAACUGGGGGACAUAGUGGACACUAAUUCGAGUUGUCACAAGGACGAAAGUCCGAGAGAAGACAUUUUAACUCUUGUACCAGAAACGAAUUUUGAGUCAACAAAUGAAGCAGGAAUCGAUACUAAAAAAGGAGCAUUCGAAGCGUCUAAAAGCACGCUGCUUCGUAGCCAAAAUAGCGCAUUCAGAUCCUGGAGGGACGGUGAGCUAGAGUUUCAAAAGGAACAUAAAAACGAUAAAACUCCAGUGGGGAAACCGCCUAUGUUCACCGGCAAGCUUGGGGAAAUGGACAUUGACAACGAAGUUGCCAACAGCUUAACAAAAAUGACGCAUUUGUUCGUGCCGAGUAUCCAAGUUUUGUCUGAGGAGAGUGAACUUGGAAAGCCAUUGCCGAAUAUUAAUUAUUCAACUCGCGCAGCCACGGAUCAUGGGAAUGGAGGCGUAGAGAAAUUGCGUUCUGAUAAAACUCUUUACCUUGCGGAUGCUACUAGAAGUGUUGUGACAUCGAAGUCACCUGAAAUCAAAAUCAGCUUGCGGAGUGUAAAAGAAAACAAAAGCAACCCGUUCAACAUUGCUAAGCUUCUAACUCCGAAUAUAGGUUGCAAUGUAGCCAACCUGAUAAAGACAGCUGAUGACUCUAAAUGUCAAGCGCUCGCUGCACCAUUAAAGGGAGAGUCCUCGGAAAAAGUGCCACACUUCAUGGUCAGAGAUAUAAGGGAAAACAAGUCCAAGCUACAAACGCCGAUUCACCAGGUCAGAGACGUUAGAAAAUUGGUUAAAAGUUCGUAUCAUUUCGUUUCUUUGGAUAAUAACGAAAACAAGGCUAUUGCUAUUGCUGACCUUCAUUCUGAACUUAAGGCUUCCAAAACAGGGCCUCACCGAAACCCCGCAUCGCUUUCACCUAUAGUUAUAAAGUGUCAGUCCGUGAAUACAAAUAGCAAUGUGAAGCAAUCUGGAAAUUUAAUCGAGGUUUCACAACACGGACUUGCUGAGGAUAUACUAGGGGCUGACAGGUCAUCUCCUCAACUACCUGUAGAGGGCGCCAAAAACGGAACCACACCGAUACACCGACCAUCAGGCAGAGCUUCUAUAGUCACUGCAAAGCAAUCAAAGGCUGACCUAUCUGAAGCGUCUGUUGGGGUGAAAAUUGAAGCGGCUAAAAGAAAGCAAGACACCAGUGAAAAGAAACCUGAGUCAAACAUGGCGAACCAGGCUGCAUUAGAGAAGCUACAGGCUGCAGUUAAAACGAUGGAGCAACUUUAUGUCUUUGAUAGGAACGAAUGGAAACGCAAAACUGAGCCUCGGCCAAUUACGGACAGCCACGUGCUAUCACUUAUUGCCAGUGAGGAGCACGGCAGUUUAGGAAAAGAUGAAUUUGAGGAAGAACUUGGGAAUAUAACCAACAGUUUAGCAGCAGGUAGCUUGGAGAGACUUGUGAGGAGAGACUCUUAUCCUAACUCAGACAAAUCACCACCUCCACUGACAGCUGCCCCAGUGUCAGCAAUAUCACCUAAAAAAGAGGAAAAAGCUGCAAAAAUACUGCACAUUCCCUGUGUCCAGGAGGAAAAGGAUGUGGCCAAAUCACAGUCUCUUCAAAGCGGAACUUUCAGCAACAAAAGUGCAGCCACUUUCACUCAAAGCCAGAAGUCUUCCACUAUCAGCAGCACCAGUUAUAAACCUUCCCAGACGUAUGCCUCCUCACAAGUACCUUUCAGCACCAAAAGCUUUGCUCCAAAAUCUCCCAAACUCCCAGUGUCAUUAAAGAUAUCCCACCCUAAACGGGUGCUGGAUGACAGGGAGAGGCCUAACGGCACAGAGGCAGAGAAGCUUUUUCUACCCUUCAGCGUGUCUGCCUCUGCAGACUCAGAGAAUUACCUCACCAUCCCCGUCAAAGCCCAUGCCACGGAGGGCAAACCCAGUAUCUCCUCCAACCGAGAGCAGACAUCUGUGUACACUUUCACAGCCAGUAGUGGCAAGCCUCAAACAACCGGUUUGGCCUCUCACCUCGGUCAAGGGGAUGCAAGGAGACAGCAGGAAAGCAAGCAGUCGCCGAAAAGGUCCUCUAUUGUCAUGGAGACAAGGUCUCCGGACAGUCCCACCGCUACCAUCUAUCAUCACCCCCUGCAGAUGGCAAUGCCAGGGGCACAGCCACAGGUCAUCUGCUUCUCCUCGCCCGUUCCCCAGCAGCCAGCAGUAGACUUCCAGCAGAUGCAAAGGAAGAUGCUGCUGGACCCCACCACGGGAAACUACUACCUGGUGGACACCCCUGUCCAGCCGGCCACUAAGAGGCUUUUUGACCCAGAGACUGGACAAUACGUGGACGUCCCAAUGCCGCAGCAGCCCAUGGCCCCAAUGCCUAUGCCCAUCACGCCGCUAGCGUUGAGCCCUGGCGCCUACGGCCCCACUUACAUGAUAUACCCUGGCUUUUUGCCCACCCCGACUGUACUGCCUGCCAGGACAAUGCAGUCCCAGAUGUCCAUGCACUCAGAGGCAGACAGCGGGGACAAGGCCCCCCACAUGAUGGGGGCACAGGGGGAGGUGACCUACAUGGAGAGCCCCUACUACAUCCCCACAGGGAAGUCCCCGCAGGCACCCCCCAUGACCCAGCACAUUACCACCAGGGGGGCCAAGGGCUUCUCUGAUGGGAAGCCCGUUAUCAGCAUCACAUCACAGCAAGGUCCACGGAUCAUUGCCCCUCCCUCCUUUGAUGGAACUACUAUGAGUUUUGUAGUGGAGCACAGGUAAACUGCAGGCGUCAUUACAGGGACAUCUUCUGAAGGUUUUUCCCACAAUUCCUUUGAUGCUGAGCUUUUAUUGGUCCUUUCUUGCAUCUCUGCAUCUGCCAGAAGCCCAUGGCUCAUGGUCGUCUACACCACCUGGAACUUCAUCCCCCCAAACCCCUCCUACCACAUCCAUAGGUUUUCAUUUUGUUGCUUAGUGUUUAAUCUGCAGUACACAUUUUUAAAGCUGUGCAUCCUAGCUGCUGGUUAUUUGUUCUGUGUAAAUAUCUGCAUUGAAUGCAGUAUUUAAGCAGAUCUCUUUUUACCCAGAUUCGAUAGUGUAGCUGCAAAGUUCCCAAGUAAAAUGCACAAGCAAACAGCUUCCAAAUGAUUUAUGGUCAAGCAUAAUAUCUGCAUGAAUUUUUCUCAGAUAUAAGAGAAAAUCAAGAGUCCAACUCAAAUAGGAAUUAAACGGCUUUUCAAUCAAAUGACUUUUUCCUAUUGCAGAAAUAAUAAGUGCAUUACCCUAAUGUUUAAAACCUGAUAUGACCUGGCCAUUGGACUCCCAACAUUUGUGGACAGUAAACACAAAGGUGAAAUAGAUAUGAGGCGUGUGUGCCUCUGUUGCCAUCCCGUUAUGUUCACUACGUUGAUCCAGUUAAAGGGUGAUGAAAGUAUAUUGUAAUGCACUGAUUUAAAAUAAACCUUGGGAGUAUAUUGAGAGUGAAUUUUGGAGAAGUGGGUGCUGGCUGUCAUUAGGCUUACCAGUUACACUGACAGUUACCCUGCCAGGAUUACUCCUUCUCACUGUGCCCGGGGUGAAGUCCAGUCACAGGCUCAUCCCCCCCCCCCCUCCCCGAAACGGCACUACAGAAUUAUUUACUCACAUAGUGAUGCUCACAGAGUUUAUUUACAGUACACAGUGUGGUACUGUAUAUAGUUGCCAAUAUUUAUACAUGCUAUUGUGACGAUAACUUGGUACUGUGAUGGCAAACCCAGAGAAACACAAGUUUUGUUUCUCUGUAUAGCUGGUGCUCCCCCAGGCCUGUGGUCCAGAGGCUGGGCAGUCCUGGGCCUAUGGAGCCAGCUGAAGCUGGGACUAUUUAGGGGACAGCCUCCUCUAUGGGUCCCAGCUGGGCCUUUGCCCCCCUGUGUAAUGGGGCAAGAUAGUGCCAGACUGGGCAUGUGUCUGUGACCUUGAUGGUUUUAAGCCACGCUGAGUUAAACAACUUUUUGGUGCCGUUUCUUUGGGCUGAGUGGUGAAAGAGUCAAGUCUAGUUGCGAACUUGAACUUAAAGUAUAAAGAAGUAGAGUCAAACCAGGGCAACUGGAAAUGAUGAGGUGACUCUGAUUACAAGCCAGCUAACCUUCGGUGGAAUGAUGUGACUGCUGUUAAAAUAUUGUCGUGAGCUAAUUCAGCCCUCCCAGCGGCCAUGAUUCACACCUUCUUAAUGCGCUCCCGGAAGAGUAAGUUCAAACCUCACUGGCCUGCUGUGCUAUCACACCGAUCCAUGUCAUAAAUAAACUGCUUAUCUGGUCAAUGUCUGAGAGACAUUGCCCCAAAUUUAUGCUAUGAUAGGGUAUGCUUGACCACAAUGGUAUUAGUUGUAUUGCUGCGGCGAAAUCUGCUUUUUAAAACCGUUGGACUCAUUCCUUGUCAUAUUGAUAUUUAAUUUACAGGAAUUUGGAGGUGACCAUGUUUGUAGCUCCCUCUGCUAUCAAGCAAUAAUUAUUAGAGCAAAACAAAUCCCCAUUUUAGUGAAGGAAAACAUAUUUUGCUACAUUGCACAACAGUGCUAAUUUGGACUAAAGGAGGCAAUAGGAGCAUAUAAAAUGGAUUUUUAUGGGACUCCAUUACAACAAGUUGUCCUUUUUGUAGAUUUUCUUCAGAACCUCUAACAAACCAAAUACUCCUAAGUCUGCACAGUUUGCUGUUUUUUUUCUAAUUUGAUUACACUACAGUACAUUUAAGACAAACCCAGGAUAUUGGAGCUGCAGGACAGUCCAUAUACCUGUCUCCUGUUUUGUUUUAAGUUGUCUUUGGAUUUAAAGUGUCAAUGUAACACUAUGUACAGCUUUGUUUUCUUUUUUAAGGGGGUGCUUUGUGAGAAAAUUCUAUAACACAACAUGUGGGUUUGCACAACAACUUCUCAGGCUUGUCUAAGACUGUUAUACUUGAAAAAUCUUUCUAUGACAAACUGGGCCAAAUUUAUCAUUGUUCCUUUUUCCACUUCACGAUGGAGCAUAUGGCUUAACGUGAAAAAGAAAUACAAUAACUAAAUUAAUUUAAUAAGAUACAAAGUAAUAUAAUGAUGAUGCCAGUUGCACAAAAGUCUAAUUCAUUUAA